AGGUAUAUGGAGGAACGUGCUUUAACUGGCGGUAAUACAUCCCGGAAGCCCUCAACAAACUCCGCUAAACACAAACCCAAUGUCGGUUAUCGACUAGGGAAACGUAAAGCUUUAUUUGAAAAGCGUAAGCGUAUUAGUGAUUACGCUCUAGUCAUGGGCAUGUUUGGUAUUGUUGUGAUGGUUAUCGAGAAUGAAUUAAGCAGCGCUGGGGUAUAUACAAAGGCAUCCUUUUAUUCCACAGCGCUUAAAACAUUAAUAUCGGUUUCGACUGUGAUUCUUUUAGGUCUUAUUAUAGCUUAUCAUGCUUUGGAAGUGCAGGUGAGAGUGAGUGCUAAUUAAAUUUUUCUUCUUUCAGAUGUUAGAUUAAUAUAUAUUUAAUAUAUUAUUUAAUAAUUCUAUUUUUUAUUUUUGUUAAUUGGUCGUCGUCUUGGUUGUUAAAUUCAUUAUUAUUAUUAUUCUUAUAUUUAAUUAUUAUUAUUACUACUAGGAUUAUGUGGUGAAAUGUGAAAUUGUGUUUUUAAUACCAAUACACAUACACAAACAUAUAUCUCUUUCCCCUCUUACCUCGCCCCCUGACCAUAAACAGUUCAAAAAUAACAAAAUUAAAAAAAAUAAAUGUUACAUUAACUUUUAACCAUAAACAUACAUAAUCCAUCCUUUUACCAAGCGAAAAGUUUUGUAACCUUUAAUCUAAAUUCUAAAAAAAAUGUGUAAAUAUUUAAAUUUUCACUGCAAAUGAUGAAGACCAAUGAAGGCUAAAGUGUUAUCUCUGAAAGUGCAUGUUCUUUUAUGAAUUUAAUACUUGGAAUUUGAAUAAUUUAAUUUUAAAGUUAAAAAAGUUGUUUGGGUAGUUAGCGAUAAAACAGCAUUUGUGUAAAUAUUUAAGCAGUUUUUUGGAUUGUUUGUUUUAGCUAUAUAUUAAGGAUGUUCACUUAAGAAAGAACACUAUCAGACAAGUUAAUAUUUUUUUUAUUAAAAAAGAUUAUUCUCAAAAACUUGUCAGGAAAAAAUUAUUUAUUAAAAUAUUACAUAUUAAUGUAUAAAAAAGUUAAAUU